AUGAGGAAAACACUUGAGUUUGAGGUUAGAGAUCAUGUGUUUCUUAGAGUUAUUCCUUUAAUGGGUGUUGGUCGAGCGCUGAAGCCGCGUAAGUUGACACCGCGUUUUAUUUGUCCUUAUGAGAUUUUGAAGAGAGUAGGUGAAGUGGCUUAUCAGAUUGCGUUUCCAAUGUUGCUUGCUAAUCUUCCUGAUGGUGCUUUUAUGUACUGGCUUACUGCAAUUUAUGGCUUGAAUAAACUUGAGCAGAGGAAAGUCUUAUGGAAAGACUUGGAUAGUCUCAACAUUCAAGGGCCUUGGAUUCUGGCAGGUGACUUUAAUAAUGUCCUGUGUUCCCAAGACAGGAUAGGUGGGAAGGAUGUCCAUGAAUCAGGAUUUAAGGAUCUAGAGGAAAUGAUGAAGAACAACAAUCUAACUGAAAUGCCUAGCAAUGGAGAUUAUUAUACUUGGUCUAACAAGCAUCACAUAGGGACUAUAUAUUCAAGAAUAGACAAGAUCUUGGGGAAUACAGAUUGGUUCCAGGACCAUAUGGAUUAUUCUCUUCAAAUCUUACCACCAAAUGUCUCUGACCACUCAUUGCUUUUUUUGCAGCAUCAAGAUACCCCUCAAACUAGACACAAAAGAUUUAAAUUCCUUAACUGUUUAACAGAUACUGAGUUGUAUAGCCAGAUUGUGCAUACCAAUUGGAAUGAGCCAAUUGAAGAAACUUCAAAAGGAAUUAUACAAGCUGAAUAA